UGGAAAGCGUGAAUCGAAUGAAAGCAAAAGGUGGAGUUUGGAGUAGUGAAUGGAGAAUCGCUAGCGUCCGAUUUCGCCCAGCUCUCUCCUCGACAAACUCAACGGUUUCUAGGCUUCCUCUUGACAGGCCAGGACCGAGGCAACUUCGAAACCCCCAUCGAUCCCAUCUCUUGUCCAGCCUCUCGUACUCCGCAAGACGCAACGUAUGACUUGUUGAUCGAGUCAAUCGAAAAUGUCGCUCUUUGCCGCACGGACGGCGCUCCUCUCUCUUGCCCUGCUGGUCUUGCUUGCACUCACAACGGUGGAAGCGUAUCCUUCCGAGCACACAAAGGUCCAAGCAGAGUGUGUCGAGGGACGAGCGCAGGCACGCAACUCAGCUGUAAACGUCGUCAGGAGGGAUGUGCCGCCUGGGGGCGAUGUGGAUUACUACAGCCCGCUGAACAAGACGGGAGGAUUGAUGACCACUAUCAUUCCGGAUUUAGACGUAGGCGAGCCCUUGAACAUCAUCAUCUCUGGAAAAUCAUCCAAGACGGUGUUGGAGGUAGAAGGAUUCCUACUCUGGGCAACAUCGAUCAACUUUGGCGUCUCGUGCUUGGGACAAGCGAACGGGACACAGCAGAAUGCAAAUUUGGGUGAUGGAGGUGGCAACAAGACGCAAGGUACAGGCAAUGGAGACAAUGGAGUGAUGAGGUGGAAUUAUGGCGAUGCGUAUAUUGGCACUUGUAGAGAGACUAUUCAGGGUGGCAAUCAUUUUAGGUGGUGGAGACAAGAUGGCAGGGAGGCGAACAGCGGAGCUUACUUCUUGGGCGCAUCUCUCGAAGGCCCGUUGAGCACGCAGCACGACAUUGUCGCAAAUGGUUACAAUCUCGGUCGAGAUGAGAUCGUUGGCAAUGCCACGCGGUCCAACGGAACCACGUGGGGAGGCAAUUACUACCGCGCAACUGUCGAGUACAUCCCUGCUGGCGUGCUUCUCAACGAUACUACCGAAGGUAUCAACCACCCAGAUGUCGCUCCACCUGGCGGCAAUGCUCAGGAUGGCAGAGUAGCCGUGCUCACAGUCAUCCAGACUGUUGUUUCGGACCAAGCGACAAACUUGCAGUACGACAAUCAGACGGACGCUUCCACAGCCUCAGUCUCGAGCCAGGCCUUUGCCAAAUGGCAGCUCCUUGCCACAAUCGCGGCUGUCGCGCUCGCCAUGGCAUCGGCAAUGUAAAUAUUUGUAGCCUUCCGUCCAGCCAUCUUCCCUUCUCUCACACAUACUCGCGCCACUAUCAAACUGCUCCAUUGCCACACAUAUUAUUACAUCUCAUCAAAUAGAUUAUCAUCCUUAGCCCCCUUUCGUUGCGAAUGAGAAUGUGUGAUACAGGCG